UGUACCUUUGCGCCCACGCGCAAAAGGGCGAAAGCGGAAAAAUGUAUUAAAACAGGAUGAAUCCAGUGCUGUUGAAAUCACUGUUCCUAAGAACAUUCAUCGCCGUGGUCAUGCAAGGCAAUCUAGAAGCAGCAAUUGCACAAUCACCACUGAAAGAGGAAAGUUGGACUAAGGCAGAUUCCUUUGCUACCUCAUCAUGCACAUAUGGGAUGGAUUACCGGAAGCCAAAGUGGAAUCAGCUACAUAUUUCGACCCUUUGUGGUUUGAAAUGUAUGCCAAUCGGGAUAGAAGAGCCAAUGUAUUGAGCUGGAUCAAGGAGAAGGGCAUUUUAUCAAAGAAAUGUGUUUUCGUCCCUAUAGUUAAGUGGUCUCACUGGAGUCUCUUAAUCAUGUAUAACUUGGGCCAAAGUCUCGAUUCAGAAACUAAUGCUCCUUGCCUGCUGCUGCUGGAUUCAUUGCAAUGCAGGGAUCCUAAACGGCUCGAACCAUCAAUAAGAAGACUUCUCAUUGACAUCUAUGAAUCGGAGGAGAGGACAGAGAGCAAGAAGGAACUCCAAAAGAUUCCUCUCUGGAUUCCGGAGGUCCCGCAGCAGAAAGAGGGCAACGAAUGUAGAUUUUAUGUUCUAUUCUACAUACGCCGCUUCAUAGAAAGCCCCCCCUCAAAGUUUCAAUGUAUUUAAGGGUAAUCCGAACAUGAUGGGAAAGGAUUGGUUCACCGAUGACCAAGUGGAGUACUUCUGCAAAGAGCUAGAGGCUCUUCCUAGUGUAACUGACCCUGAUCCUACUUCCUAUGAUUCUAGUUAUUCUAUCGAAAUAGUUACUGCUCCGUCCUCUGUUCAUACUUGUAAAAGAAAAUGAGAGGCCAAGUACCACCAAUAGAGAUUCUGCCAAAUAUGCUAUUAUCUUUUGUACUCCGUGAGUGUGAGUGAGGGAGAAUGUAUAGAAAUAUAUACAUAUGUAUGUAUUGUAUGUGUGUUGUGUAGCCUAGCCUAACUCUGUUCAUUCUUCCUUUAGAGCUUGUCUCUGAAUCAUCGGAACGAGUUGCUUUUGCUGUUCCUUGCUGCUGUAAGAAUUGCAGAUGAUGGAAGUUGAAUAUGAUGUGCACUGGCUUUGAUGUUUUGUUUCAA